AUGAGUUUCGGAGCACCCGGAGGUGGUUCGGUCAAUUACAAGCCCACCCCACCGGAACGCGGAAGUUUCCCGCUUGAUCACGAAGCAGCUGAAUAUACUCGCACAGGAGAAUGCAAGCAUAUUAUUUCUGGCUACUUGAAAUGCAUCAAACUCAAUCGUGGUACCAAUGACGAGGCUUGUCGCAAGCUUGCGAAACAAUAUCUCGCCUGCCGCAUGGACAAGUAUGUUGUGACUGGCCUAUUCUGCUCAUCGCCUGCGGGCAGCUAUUUUCGAUCUGUCGCAGACGAGAAUCGGUAG